AUGACUCCGCUGCCUUCAGGCGUCCUUGAGCACAUCGUUGACUCACAUUGCCACCCAACCGAUGCCCCAAGCAUUUCUGCAGCUUCUAUGCAGCAGUUGCAAAUCACGGUUUGUGCCAUGAGUACUCACAGCAAAGAUCAGAGUCUCGUCCGUGAACUCGCGCAGACUUAUCCCAGUAAAAUCAUCCCUUGCUUCGGACAUCACCCUUGGUUCAGCCACUUCAUAACAACUAAUGCUGGUGUUGCGAAACAUGAGCACUACCAUCGGCUCUUCCAACCAACGGAAGAGUUAUAUCCCGCUUUCGAAGACCUUCUUCCGCAUCUGCCUGAACCUGUUUUACUUGACGACAUUCUUGUUGACCUGAGAAGCAACUUUGCUUCCUGCAGUUCCCCACCAAUGCUCGGCGAAGUCGGCAUCGAUGCAAUCUUCAAAGUCCCCUACGAUUACCAUGCAACACCACGGCGUAUAUCACCCUUCAUGAUACCGCUUGAGCAUCAACUCACCGUCUUGGAGGCACAGAUCGAUAUAGCUGUGGAAUUUGGUGCUAGCGUCAGCUUUCACAGUGUGAAAUGUCCUCAAGCAACCCUCGAAUUGUUCGACAGACUGAAACGCAAACAUGAAGAGAACUGGAACAACAUUCGAUUCGAUAUUCACAGCUGUUCUAUGAGUCCGGAAACACUAGUGCAGCUGCAGAGAAAACAUGCCAACGUUUGGAUGUCGGUCUCCACCACUAUCAACGGCCGCUCUCGCAAUCUUCGUCCCCUCAUUGCCGCAUGUGCGGUGGAUAAACUCCUGAUCGAGUCCGACUACGAUGCCAUUGAGCAAAGCACACCAAAAUGUCUUGAGAUUCUUGAUAUUGUGGCAGAGGUGAAGGGCUGGCACAUAGAGACAGACUGGGAUGACGGAGACGAAAACGGGGCGGUCCAUCGAUUGGAGGCGAACUGGAAGGUAUUCUCCGCUACCCAAACACGUACGACAGAAUAA